GCAACCAAGAUGGCGGCGUAUGAGAAGCGGCGUGCAGCCGCCGCCCCGGCCGCGACUCCGGUGACGGGCAGCGGGCUGACGGAGCCGGCUGGGGCGGCGGGCGGCGAGCUGGGCAGCGAGGCGGAGUUCCUGCUGCGGGCCGGCGUCACUGCCAUGGUGCGAGAGGCGCUGCUGAAGGUGCUGGAGGCGCGGCCCGAGGAGCCGGUCUCCUUCCUGGCUGACUACUUCGAGCGGCUGGUGCUGGGCAGCCCCGAGGCCACUGCCGAGCUCCCGGGGCAGCCGCAGCGCCUGGCCCGGGCGCUGUGGUAUGUGCGGCUUGCUCAUCACUCCCACAGGACAGCUUUCGACAGCAACGCCGGCGCGGCCUACGAGGUGCUGGGUGCCGGCGGGCGGCGGCGGCGAGCGGGCGUGGACGGGCGGCUGUACAGCGAACUGCUGCGGCGCAUCUGCCAGCACGGGGCGGCGCCGGCGGAGGCGGCGGCUGCGCUGCUGGGCCGCGUCCGCUGCCGCGAUCACGAGGCAGUGCCCUUCGACGUCUUCCGUUACGGCGUCCUCACCUGCUUCGUGCUGCUGGAGUUUGCGGCCAAGGCAGAUGCGCUCUUCGGCGUCCUGGAUGGCGGCUCCGGUGCCGCUGACAGCAGGGUGUGCCAGGCCGUGCUGCGGGCGCUGGAGGAUGCCCUGGGCGUCAGCCACUUCUCCGUCCCCAGCCGCUACCUGGAGGCAGGCUCCAAGCUGGGGCCAGACGGCCUGGCCCUGGCCAUGGACCAGGCGCUGCAGGAGAGGAAGAUUGGUCCCUCCAUGAGCAGAGAGGAGUUUCUGAGUAAGGCCACUGCCUUGUUCGUGGCAAAAGUGAAGCCUGUUGAGUAAUG